CGCCUUCAGGCACUCACAUACUCUCGUAGCUCACUCAUUGAUUCACGCUGUGACCCUCGGAUUUCACUACAUCCGUGAAUGAAUAACAACAGCCCACGUGUUGAUAUCAAUUCCAACUGCUCUUUGGGAUAUCUGACAAUGUCUCUUCCAGAAAUUCAAAGCACCAGUGUCAGGGCCGACCCAACUCGGUUUGGGGAAGCUGAGCAUGCAGUUCAGGCAGCAAAGAAUUAAGACUACCAGAAUGAAGAGUAAAAGAUGGUUCACAGAAAUGAAGGGUAAAGAUAGUUUACAGAAGCAAAUAUGUGGAGGCUGCUAAAAGAAUGGGGAUGGCAACAAGCUGGGAUUAGGACAAUGUGGGGUGGGGUGGGGUGGGGGGGUUGGGAAGUGGAGGACAUAAAGAUAAGUGUUUUGAGAACAGCUCAAGGACAUUUAGUGAGUAAGUGAUAAGAUGUCCACAAGGCAAGUUAGAACUGGUUCAGGGGCUACCCCUCCCACAGGGUCAGAAGUUUACAGUGAGGAAGAUUAUAAGCCUUCAUCCCAAGACCACCAGGUGAAGACCACAACUGCUCACCACGUCUGCACAAGGGGAGGGACUGUAUGCUAAGUGGUUCUCAGAAAUAUAAUGAAUAUAUAUACAAACUCUGGGAAAAUCAUUGAUUAUGUAUCAGUUCUGCCUAUAUCUGUACCAAACUUUUGCCCUAUGGUGUGCAAGUGAGGUGGAGCUAUCCCCCUUGCACCAGGGUGUAUGUGCAUCACUCAUUAAACAUACCUGCUUUAUAAUUACUUUGUUAUGGAGUUUGAUUUCUGCACAUCAAGAGGAAAUGGAAGAAAAUGUUGUGUGCCAAAUGUCUGGCUGCCGGGUGAGAAACGUGUGUCAAACAAUCACUCUGCAAUUCCAGAUUGUCCUGGAGAACGUACCUGUCUGGAAUGGACAGCCCUGGGGACGGACAUUCAGCUCCAACGCCGAUCCCAGCACCCGGAGAAACAGGGAGGCUGCAGUGUGUGUCUCAGCGCAGACGGCAGCAGCCAGCAGAGCCCUGCUGAUGUUCCAUACAGCGGGGAGGAGAGGGGAAGAGAGGGAAGCGGAACCGGACAGAGCAGAGCGCGGCGCUGCGGACACACAGCAGCGGAGCGCAGCAAAAACCGAGUCCCGUCCGCCGGAAGGCACGACUUCCGUGGCCGUUACGGAAGAAGAGUUCCGGGCUCCAACGUUGGGCUGCAACGACUGCCGGGGCCGUUCCGCUGGGCGGGGCGGAGCUGCCGCCAUGAUGGCGCUGGGCUCGGGGCUGCGGCAGGACGGGCUGGGCUGGGUGUGUGCGAGAGAACCGUGCCGUGCUGUGCCGUGCCGUGCCGGGUGGACGCGGCUGCCGUCUGGGUCAGCGAUCCCGAGGAUGACAUGGGGAGGCUGCUUCGUGUUCGAGUUCGUCAGGGGGAAGUUCUUCUCUAGGAGAGCGGUGAGGGUCCUGGAACAGGCUGCCCAGGGAGGUUGUGGAUGCUCCGUCCCCGGGGGUGUUCACGGCCGUGUUGGAUGGGGCCCUGGGCACCCUGAUCUAGUAAAACGUGGAAGUUUGGUGACCCUGCCAGGCAGGGGGUUGGAGCUUCGUGAUCCUUGAGGUCCCUUCCAACCUGGGUCAUCCUGUGAACGUCCCAGUGAGAGACAAGGAAGCGCAGUGUGCCAGGAUCACUGAGCUCAUUGGGCUGCUACUCAGCCGUGCUGAGCUGCUGUGCUAAGAUGUCCCGUCACAGCCUUACAGCCAAAGUACUUUGGUCAGAUUUGCAACAUGCACAGUGAACAUCUGACGUUCGUGUUCUGCCUGGGAGCCAGCAAUGGGCUUGGGCAGUGUGGCACACAGCAUUUUGUUCUGUUUCCAUUGGUAAGAAACAACUUAACCGACUUCCUUAAGGAAGGCCUGUGUACAUAUAGUUUAUACAGGCUAUACUCGCUCCUGUGCUGACCAGUCCUUUCUUGGCCAGGCAGCCCCGUUCCUUCUGGGGACUGAUCUUUAUUCUCCAGGCCUUGCACCUUCUCCCAGGUGGCAGGAGGGCUUGGGCAGUGUGGCACACAGCAUUUUGUUGUUUCCGUUGGUAAGCAAACAACCUCACUGCCUUCAUAACCCACACCUUGGUGUAUGAUUUUAUAUGUACAUAAAUAAGUACAGACUACAAUCACUCAUGCUGAAUCAAACUCUAUACCCCACAAGAAGUUAUAAAGUGGGAAUGUUUAUUACAGUGCCUGGAAGCACUGCAGAUACUUCCUCCAUAUGUGCUUCUUCAGCGAUGACAGAAUUCAGAUUCCCUUAUAUUUCUGCAAAUAAUACAUAUUCAUUGUGUAUGAGACAAUUAACAUAUACUCGCCUAUAGCAGGUGGUGAUUUACAAGGUCUCCAGCCUUCUAUUCCGUGGUCUGUUUUACCAUCUAACAUCAUUUUAUCAUCAUGACAGCACAACCAACAGUGUGACUUCCUCCAGUGGUCUUCCAUUGUUCUAGAUGAACUUUCUUCACUCAUGCAUGCUCAGUAAGAGAAUGCCAACUGUAAGUAAUUUACAUUUACCAAAAUUGCAACAUUUGCUCGCUCAGCACUCGGCCAUUGUUUCUGCUCAUCCAUGGAGAGAUCUAAGUUUGGAAGGAGGACUAAGGAGGGUAUCUUGAUGUGCGCCUGUUGCAUCCCUGCCUACUCUGGAAGUGAGACAAGUGUGUAGAGGCCCUGGCUUCUUUGAUGUUUGAUAAGCCUGCUGUUCUUUUGCUGAGGGUCUCUUAUCAAAACAGAAUAGCCUUACAGCAUGUUUUCUAGUCUGUAAUACUAUACCCACAGUAUUUGCAGCAUCUAAAAAACUGUAGUUUUGCAAGUAAGAAUGAAUCACAUUAUUCAAUGACUAUAUUCCUAAAAUAUGCUGCUCAAAUAUAUAAUACUUGUGCUUUUUCACAUUGCCACUUUCAAAGGACAAGUCACAAAGGUAAAGGAGUUGAGGCACCCCCUUUCCUUCACUGUUGUAUCCCUUUCUGGCCCAACACCCCACAAGCAAUAGCCUUCCCUUUUUCAGAACUAAAUCUGUUUUCAUCCUUUAUCUGUCUCACAACAGCUGUGGGAGACUGCAAAGCUCCUCAGCACAGCUCUGCCCUUUCUGAGUCAGGUUCCUCAACUCCUCCAAUGAGGGGUGCAAUGUAGAUUGGGCUGAACCAGGGCAGCCACAGCUGCUGGAGAACUGAGACAUGGUCCAGUUGUCCUUAGUGAGUUGAUUGGAACAAUUUGAGUCUCUGUCUGUAUCAUCAUAGGAAUUCCAUGUUGGAAAAAUCAGGAAUGUAUCCACAACAACCACUGCUGCUGAUGGCACAGGUACCCCCCUGCGCAGCGGUCCAUUUGUGCAGUGCCACAUGAUUCUCCAGGACAACUUUUCAUAUAAGUGGUGCUGCCAUUUAGUGGAUAGAUGUGCAGCUUGUGGUGAGAAGACAGCCAUAGCACAGAAUCACCAAACAGUCUGUUUAUAUUGAUGUCUGGUGAGAAAGGUGUCGGUGAGGUCCUCUGGGACAUGUAGUUGUUCUUCUGUGUGCUCCACAUGAUGUUAUGAUGUGGAAUACCAACAGCAAAAAUCACAAAACCAUGACAACAGAACUUAUUAGGAUACUUAGUCAAGGAUCUGAGGAAGGUUCGAAUCCUCACAACAGCUUCUGGGUAAAGCUCCUUCUCACAGCUCUAUUCCAUUGGAAGAGUUCUGUUCAACACAGAACAAUCUCUGGUGUUAUACCACAGAUUGCCUCUUGCUGGGACAUACUCGUGGGGGAGAGGAGUGAAAGGAACGCCAGGACAGCAAGGGAGGGAUGCCUGACCACAAGGGUGUGCGAAUGUCCCCACCGAAGGAAGCAAAGAGCCGGCAGAAAGCGAUGCUUCAUUAGCGUAACAAAACACAGCCCCCAUCCCAGGUUCCCAGGCGUGUUGCAGCCCGGGUUGUAUUCAGAGGGGCACAAGACGGGGUUGGAACUGGGACAGCGAGGAAGGAAGUAAAAGUCAGAGUGCUCUGCUGCGGGGUUGGCUCUCUGUUACACAGCGCCGCUGGGCUGCAUUUCUUGCUCUUGGCCGCAGGAGUCACAAGAUGACCUCGCUCCGCAGCUCUACAUGCAUGGAUUGAUGGAAGCAUUAAACUCCCCGAUGUCUCCUUUUGAGACAUCUUAAUAUGAAGUCACCAAGGGGGGAAUUUCCACUCCCCAACCCACACCCUUGCAGCUCCCAGUUUUCCUUUCGGGAACCCCGUGGGCAACAUCUGCAUUUGUAAUCAGCAUUAGCCGGAGUGUUACCAGGGUUGCUGCUCAUUGUCUUCCUGCGCAGGGCAUGAAGAAGGGCUGGUGAGGGGUGGACUGGGACAGGGACUGCUGCGUUCCCUCACAGCUCCCCUGAUAUUUCUUUUGUCCUUGCAGGCUCCAGUUCAAUUUCUGCCUCCCAGCCAUGAUCAUCCCAGCCUGCAAGAGAGCAGCAAAUAGCCACAGCACAACCAGCUGAGCUCCCCUUCCAGCCUCCAAACCCCUUGUGAUCUCCCUUCUUGAAAGUGGGGAAGACCCCUGGAUCCCAGAUGUGCAUAGCCCCGAUUACAUGCCAGAAGACCACAGACCAGGGGGGGCUGGGAUCACAAAAUUUAAGGAGGCUCUGCGGAAAAUUGGUGUAGCUGAAAGACGGUACAGGGGUGCAUCUCUAAGGAAGACCAGAAGGGAUGUCCAGAAAGGCCUGGAGCAAAGAGAAUGCUUGAAGAAGCCACUGGGAAAGCAUUCUGGAAAGAAAGGAAGGAACCAUCUGGGCUUCAACACAGGUCAAAGGGGUCCUGAAGAGCCCAGGAGUAGGCAAGCGUGCCAGAAGAAAAAGCAGAAGCGUUGCACUGAAUGUGGGAAAAGUUUUAAAAGUUAUUCUAGAUUUGUUAACAACUAGUGUGUAAAAUCAGAGGAGCAACUGUACAAGUGCUCUGAUUGUGGAAAGAGCUUCAGAUAUCCAAUCUCACACACCACAAGGCCAUCCAUAUUGAAGACAGACGCUAUAAGUGUCCCAAGUGCUGGUGGGAGGUCAUGUUUGGCCUAACUCCAUUGCUGGCCCUGCUUCAAGGUGCUGCUGCUUCCAUUCUAUGCCAUGUGGAGCAUCCCCAGCAGGCUUGGUGCUGGAUCCAGGACUGGUGAUCUCCCCACCCCCUUUCAUUUCUCUUCUGAAGAGUGAAAAAGGACAAGAGCCAUCUAUUGGCGGACGAGGUAUUUGAAACAGGGCACCCAUAAGUCGUGAGGAGGCAUCCUACGCAGGGCACAGAGGAGUCAGCGUGCUCCCCCCCCCACCCCCCCCAGGAACGUGAGCUCACGGGUUUAGGUUGCCAGCUGGGUUAGGAAGACUCCCUAGGGAGUGCCUACGAAGGGACUGUUAAGUAGUAUGCAUGGUAAAAGAGCUCUUGCUCACCCUCAGGUGAUUGCUAACAGGGCAGAGCUUGUCUGCUCUCUCCUACAGGGUGAUUUGGGUAAUCCUGGGAUAACUGGUAUCGUUCAGUGUUGUCUAUAUAGGUGACCUAAGUCAACAACUAGCACCGGUGUUCUUAACAUCUUCAGUUAAGCUUAACAAAUGAUAUAUUGUAAUCCUGUUAUUAGUUAUUGUAAAGCACAUAAUCGUAAAACGCAUAUGGGGUUAGCUGGCAGGAGGUAUUGCUACUUGUAAAAUAGUACGGUGCUUUAGAUUAAGUUAUGAUGGGGGGUCCCUAAGCGCACACCCCUGGGGUGUAUACUGGCACAUUGGUGAAAUAUUGCUGGGGAACCAGGAAGAACCCUGAGCUGGAAAACUCUGAUUAAAUAUUGUAAUCAGUGGUGGUUGGUGUACAAGCUGGAGGAUAGGGACAAUGAACAUAUAGAGGUAUGUCUGUGUGCAAUGAGUAUCAACCCAUUUAUGUGAUAUUGUGUUCUGCUUGGGAAGAGGUGUAAGGGAGGUGGGUCAAUCAGUGCUGGUUCUGUGGUGAGAUGUUUAUAACCAAGCGAUACGGAUUGCUAAGGGAAAGUUAUAAGGGUUAUAAGGGAAAGUUAUAAGGGUGUUUACGGAAACUGAAGAACCAUGUUUUUUGAUUUGUGGGUUUUGAAGGGAAUGGGACAAACUGUUUUGAUGAUAUAAGAAAGUGUAGUUGGUAAUGGUAUACAGAAGUAUAAUUGAGGGUAUAUGGAAGUGUAAAUGAAGGUACAAAUAGUAGAAUAGUGUACAAAGGAAAAAGGGUUAAAGUGAGUUUAUCUGUGCUGGCAUGAGAGCAACCCCCCUGCACCGUUCCCCUGCAAUCAGAACUCUCAGAGUGGGAGAGGGAGCCAGGGUCAGAGACUGCUGCUGUAAACAGCAAAGGGGAAGGUGGAGAGGACAGGGCACUGGAAGUGAGAAUAGCCUUCAUGUGCAGAGAUCUGGGAAAUCUGAAAUCUGGGCAGCACUGGAUGGCUCUGGAGAGGAGGUGAAAUGUAAUGAUUAGAGUUUGGAAAGUGAGAAAGUUUGGGAAGGACACAGGUUGAGGAAGGCAAAGAUAAAAACAGGGAUGUCAGGUCUGAAGAGAGGUGUACAAUAAGAA